GCUGUGCUAGUGCGGUGACUGUUACUAUAUAUUUGGUGGGAUGUCAUCUCAUUCUAAUCACUUAAAGCACCUCACCCUCUUAGUCUCUUUUCUUGCUUCAAUAUCAUACUACUAUUCCAACAUCUCUUAUCUCUCCUCCUCUUUUCAUGGAUCCGACUAAGUAUCGCCCGGCAAGUGCUUACAAUUCCCCGUACUUAACCAACAAUAAUGGUACACCUGUUUGGAACGAUAACUCUUCGUUAACUGUUGGCCCCAGAGGUCCCAUUCUGUUGGAAGAUUAUCAUUUGAUAGAAAAGAUAGCAACUUGGACCCAUGAGCGUAUACCUGAACGUGUUGUACAUGCUAGGGGAGCAAGUGCUAAGGGGUUUUUUGAAGUUACCCAUGACAUUGCACAUCUUACGUGUGCUGAUUUCCUACGUUCCCCCGGUGUUCAGACGCCAGUUAUUGUUCGGUUUUCAACUGUUAUUCAUGAACGUGGUAGUCCGGAAACACUCAGAGAUCCUCGUGGUUUCGCUGUUAAGUUCUAUACUAGAGAGGGUAACUUUGAUAUAGUUGGAAACAACUUCCCAGUGUUUUUCACCCGUGAUGCAAUGCAAUUUUUUGAUCUAGUCCGAGCAUUCAAACCCAACCCAAAAUCCCACAUCCAAGAAAGUUGGAGGUACAUGGAUUUCUGUUCGUACCUCCCAGAGUCUCUCAACACCUUCUCAUUCUUCUUCGACGACGUUGGUAUCCCUCUAAACUACCGUCACAUGAACGGUUCCGGUGUCCACACCUUCACCCUUAUCAACAAAGCCGGCAAAGUAACAUACGUGAAAUUCCAUUGGCGCCCAACUUGCGGUGAAAAGAAUUUGCUCGAGGAAGAAGCCAUUCGAGUUGGAGGUGAAAACCACAGCCACGCGACUCAAGACCUUUACGAGUCGAUUGCAUCGGGUAACUUCCCAGAAUGGAAGCUUUACAUUCAGACUAUGGAUCCGAAUGAUGAGGAUAAGUUCGAUUUCGAUCCACUUGAUAUGACUAAAACAUGGCCUGAAGAUAUCUUGCCCUUACAACCUGUAGGACGUCUUGUGUUGAACAAGAAUGUUGACAACUUUUUUACUGAAAAUGAGCAACUGGCUUUUGAUCCAGCCCAUGUUGUUCCUGGGAUUUAUUUCUCUAAUGAUAAGAUGCUUCAAGCGCGUACUUUUGCGUAUGCUGAUACACAUAGAUAUCGUUUGGGUAUCAACUACUUGCAGCUUCCUGUUAAUGCUCCUAAGUGCCCGCAUACUAAUAUGCAUCGUGAUGGUGCUAUGAACAUGGUGCACAGGGAUGAAGAGAUUGACUAUUUCCCAUCAAGGUUUGAUCCUCUUCGUGAAGCUGAAAGAUUCCCUAUUCCAACAGCAAUCAUCCAUGGAAGGCGUGAAAAGCAAAUCAUUCCAAAGGAAAACAACUUCAAGGAGCCGGGAGUGAGAUACCGAUCAUGGGACCCAGCAAGGCAGGACAGAUUUGUUGGAAGAUUUGUGAAGGCUUUAUCAGAUCCUCGCCUUACCUAUGAGAUCCGUAGCAUUUGGGUUUCAUACUUGACUCAGGCUGACAAAUCUCUGGGUAUGAAAGUGGCAAGUAGACUCAAUAUAAGACCAACCAUGUGAAGACUGACUGUGAAUUACUACUAAUAUUAUGAUCCGCAAGAGCUUCCGAACCAUAUAAUAAGCGGAAGUAAAGGUCAAGCUACUACUGCUGGUGUCACAAAGUUGCAAUAUAAUGGACGUAUGUAAAGAAGAUUCGUCGUUACCUUUGUAUUUGCUUGAAUUUCUUUCACUUUGUAACCUGUCGUUAUAUAUGUUUGUGAACGAUUGUAGCAACUUAUGUUCAUGCGACUUUCUUGAAAGUUCGUUGGUUUGUUAAUGUUGUAUUACUAUUUGUAUCAAUCGGAACAUUCCUAUUAGGCAUGAUAUAAACAUAUAUGCAUCCUUUUCUCCUAAA